CUCUUGCAUACUUGACAUUGAAUAUUGAUAAUACUCCACAAGUCCGUCAUGUCCAAGCUCAUGCACAAGGUUAAAGACGCCUUCACCGGCCAUCAUGGUCAUAAAUCAAACACCGGCAAUUCUGAAACCGUCCCCGAAGCCGAAAACGCCAGCUCUGGGCCCUACAGCCAAUCUGACACUGGACACCAUGCCCCUCAACCCGGCGACAGCGGUGCAAAAUCUAGUGCUGACCCCUACACCUCUGGAGCGUAUGACUCCGGGGAGAACACGGCUGCUUAUGAAGCACGCACUAGCGGCUAUGACUCAAAGCCUUCGGGUGGCCACGAAUUCCAAUCUAGCUACGGUCAGGAAGCUGAGAAUCGCAAUCCUGCUCAGGAUGAGUAUGGUUCAGGCAUGACUGGCCUCGGUCCUGACUCUGGCUCCAGGCAGAUGGAGCCUAGAAAUACUAGCGGUGUGCAGCAUGUCAGCCCGGGUGGCUAUAAUCGUGGCUCCGAUCAAGUUGAGGCUUCAGAUAUCGCAGGACCAUACUCGUCCGGUACGGAAGGCCGUAUUCAACAAGGAUUCGGCGGCGGAGGUGCAGAAGGAAGCAGCAGCUAUAAUACUCAUGGGACUGGUGAGCUGAGCGCUGGUGCUAAUGACUACAGCUCCGGAGGUAAGCUCGACUCAGGCCGAGUGGGUGCUAAUAUGAUGGGAUCCAAUAUGAUGGCGUCGGACAACCUACGCACCGCUGGCGGGGCACAACGUAAUUACCGGUAGGAACGUGAUCAUCAUGAAUGUACUUGAAUAACCGUCAAUAUUUUCUUGCGGUCAGAUUCUUCUUGUGAUGUACCAACUGCACACUGGAAUCGUCAGCCUCUGGUGGAAUCGUGC